AUGGUUGGAUACGGCUUGAUGCUGCUCCACUGGCUAGCCAACAACAUUCACACUGAUGACAACGGCAACAUGAGACUCAAUUUCAACCCAACCAGGGGAGACUAUGGCUUUCAUUUCUAUGGAAACAGCCCCUAUGUGUUACCUUUUCUGCUUCCUGAAAGUGGAAUAUACUAAUCACCAGAGAAUAGCAACUAUAUUGGCUCUAUGGCACUUCCUGAUUUGUAACGCAAAAUGUAUACAACUCAAGGGGACCUGAGAACAACAGGGACAGGGUCAUACUCAGAGUAGGGAGGAAGGGUCUAAUCAGUUCAUAGCAGAUGAGGUCUAUGUCACACAGCACUAUCCACCAAAUGGAAUCAGAGGAAGUGGCUACGAUCCAGACAAUACAUAUUGUGUCAAUGUCAGCCUCCUUAGCCAAAUCCAAAGAAUACCAACCAGGAGCAGAAAUGAGAUUCGACAUAGAUAUAAUGUAGAGAUCAACAACAAUAAUCUGGUGAGAAACUACGGACACCCACCUGAUCUGGCACUUCUUAGUGCAAUUAUAUUGUACUUUAGGCGUCCCAUGAUCUUAUUUAAGGAGCAAGCGCUUCGUUUAACAUCACAACCCCAGAGUGGCAUGGAGGAUGACGAUAAUAAAUAGAUUAAGCUUGAGGUGAAAACCACAAAUAGAGGAAAAGCCAAGAUAAUCUGAAGUGGUAUCCCCAAAAGGCUAUUGGACCAGGGUGUAAUAGUGGUGCUUUAUAAGAACAAUGGAAGUGAGAGCAAACUAAACAGGGCCUCGGUCGGGGGCGAAGACUCUGGGAGCUAUAACAGCUCAGUACCCCUUAACCCUGGUCUCCAGGUCAGGCUCCACAAGGAGUGGUGGAAUUACUUUGGGUUUGGGUCUCCCACUAUCGGAGAGGAGAUCUGGAGAGGUUCUGAGUUUCACAAUACCAACCGAGAGAUUCCUGUUGAUAUUAACAGACAUGACGCCAGUUUGCAGCUCUUCGUAAAGGAUGGAAUGGCCUGCGCUCACCUGUAUGUAAAGAAGUCCUUCCCUGACUGGAAGAAUACGUUUAAUAACUCCUGGGUUGGGUUCUACUCUUCUGAAGGCACCCUGGAUUAUAAUACCUGGCAAUGGGCUGUAAAGUUCUCUGAGGAAAGCUGCUCUGAUUGGGAGGAUAUACCUGAGUAUGAUGUCUAUGUGUACAAGUCUAGUAUGGCCAUGUCUCCUGGGGUCCAGGCCAGAUUCAUGCUGGAGAAGUCUGGGGGUUAAAAGGCACACACUCCACCCUGGGAGAGACUUGUCCAGGGGUGAGCUCAACUGAUAACAUGAUUCCAUUUUUACUGCUUGUCUUACUGCUUUUGUCAAUGUUCAACAUUUAUGUACCCCGCUUUUCAUUUAGAUGUAUUUUAAUUGUUAAUCUGUGUGAAGUAUAAAAGAUAAUCUGUUUGUAAAAAUCCUGGUAUCCCUUCUGUUCCUCUUUCUUUGCUAUUUUGAGGGAGUGGCUACAGGCUGUUGGUGUUGUCUUCACAAAUCCAUUUUUCGAUUAUUUUAUUUUUUGAUUCAUCAUGGGCUGGAGCUCUUUGCAUGCCAUUAUGUGGUGUUGACUGUGUUGGUUGGUUCUGAUAUGUUUGUUGUUGUUCAUUUUUGUGAUGUGUGAAAAAUCAAUACAAAUGUCAUCACCAAAAAGCUACAUGGUAAAUUCAUGCGAAAAUAUAAGUUGCCAUAACUUUUGCUGAAACAUAACGUCUAAUCUCCCGAGGGUGAAGGCAGUGGAUGGAAUCAACACUGUAUGCAAUAUCAACAGUGUGAUUGUCCUGUUUCUAGGCAACAAGUUAACCAUAUCUUUGUUUAUCUAGAAGAUACGUUUAUGUUUAAGGACUAAACUAUUAGACUAGCAUCUACUAAACUAUUCAUUUAUGUUGUUGGUCGCUGGUUCGUCAUGGCUGAUUCAUUUUUCAGCUCUGUCUCUCUAUCUAUGAUUGUUACAGAUCUACCUGUAACCAUCAACACAAACUAUGGAUUACCACACCAAACCCACUGGAGGUUAAUACUGUAGAUCCAUGGAUUAUGACUGGUAAUUAAAAGUCUGUGCAUUCUCUCUCUCUCUCUCUCUCUCUCUCUCUCUCUCUCUCUCUCUCUCUCUCCUCUCUCUCUCUCUCUCUCUCUCUCUCUCCUCUCUCUCUCCUCCUCUCUCUCUCUCUCAUUAAUUGGUAAUUAAAAAGGGAGAAGGAAAUAAGGUCACAUACUGACAUUUCAGCUUCAUGGGGUCUGAAUCAUGUAGCAUGGACAUGGGACAUGUCAGCUUAAUAAUAAUAAUAUGCCAUUUAGCAGACGCUUUUAUCCAAAGCGACUUACAGUCAUGCGUGCAUAAAUUGUUUGUGUAUGGGUGGUCCCGGGGAUCGAACCCACUACCUUGGCGUUACAAGCGCCGUGCUCUUCCAGCUGAGCUACAGAGGACCACAAAUAACUUUAUUAAGAGUUAGAUAAUACUUCUGUUUUCAGUAGAACAACACAUAAUCCAUGUGUGAAGGUAUAAAAGAGAGGGAGGGAGGAAGGUGUAGUGGGCUGGGUGGGCCCUGUCUAUCUAGGACAGAGCAAAAUCCUAUCCUAACUCAUUCCAAAUACACUUCAUCAAUAUUCUGUCAAGAGUCUUAUGAGGUACUGUAAAAUUAUAAAGAUUUAUUUGGAGUGGAUAAGUAACCUAAAUAACUCAACAACAGUAAUGUUACUUAUUUUACUGUAAUCAAAUGAGGACAGAGGCGCCAUUUUGCUGACUGUUAUUUUGCUUCUGCACUAUGUACUGUGUAUCUGACAGACCCUGCCCAUGACCUUUUCUGUCCUCUGAAAGUGGUUUACUCACUAGGGAUGCAUUUAAUUUCAGAUUAAAAACAUGUGACCCAGUGACGUCAUAGAUUAGCCUUCGUAAAACUCAGUUUUGCUGACGCUUGUCUUGUAUAUGCACUGUGUGCUGGUUAUGUACAAGAAGCACCUUUCAGUCAGUUUCAAUCUUGGGAUCUGUUGACAGAGAAGAGAGAAACAAACACAGUCAAGACUACAUUCUGGUAGGCUGCACAAGAAGGUGAGUGAGAUUUUUUAUGGUAACUAAUUUGUUUUAAUUUUGAUUUGAGGAUUUAUUACAUCAUAUUACUGUAUUGAUCAUGUUUACAAGUUUCCAAACGUUAUUUUGGAAAACCUUAGAGUAUGAAAAUGUAUGCACUCAAUAACUGCAAGUCGCUCUGGAUAAGAGCGUCUGCUAAAUUACUAAAAAUGUAAAUAUUGGGACAUAUUGGUCCGAUAUAGUGACAGUUCACUCCAAAAUGUAGUUUGUCAGAUAUUUUCUGACGUUUUGGGGGGUCCUAAAACUUUUAGUGUAUUGCCAACCACUAAAAAUAAGUUAGAGAUGUAUUUAUUUGUUUAUAAUGCUAUUUUGUCAUAGGUUGGCCAUGGUUGGAAGGGGCUUCCUGGGUUGUUUAAUCCUGUGUCUGUCUCUGGCCUCAGAAUGUGCUAUCAAAGGUACCCUUAAUUCAAUAAAUUAUCUCAAGGACAUAGACUUUGGUCACACCUCUCCUCCACAAGGCUUGAUGCUGCUCCACUGGCUAGCCGACAACAUUUACACUUACAACAACGGCAACAUGAGAAUCAAUUUCAACCCAACCAGGAGAGACUAUGGCUUUCAUUUCUAUCGAAACUAUGACAUACCCCGUUCGUUACCUUUUCUGCCUCCUGAAAGAGGAAUAUACUACUCACUAGGGAAUAACAACUGCAAUGGCGCUAUGACACUUCCUGAGUAUGUCACUAAAAGGGUAUACAAUUCAUGGGGACCUGAGAGCAACAAGCACAGGGUCAUACUCAGAGUUAGGGAGGAAGGGUCCAAUCAGUUCAUAGUAGACAAUGUCUAUGUCACACAGCACUAUCCACUAAAUGAAAACAGAGGAAGUGGCUCUAAUCCAGACAAGACAUACUGUGUCAGUUUCAACAUGUAACUCUGUGUUGUUGUUUUUAUCGCACUGCUUUGCUUUAUCUUGGCCAGGUCGCAGUUGGAAAUGAGAACUUGUUCUCAACUGGCUUACCUGGUUAAAUAAAGGUUAAAUAAAUAAAACAUUAAAAUCCUAAAACAAAUCCAAAGUCUCCCAACCAUUGGCCGAAAUGACAUUCUACGUAUAUAUAAUGUAGAGAUCAACCACAACAGUCUGGAGUGUCUGGAAAACAUCUGGGGACACACAACUGGUUUGGCACUUCUUCUGGCAAUUGUAUUGUACUUUACACGUCCCAAAUUCUUAUUUAAGCAACAAGCGUUUCAUGUAACAUCACAACCACAGAGUGGCAUGGAGGAUAAGGAUAACACAUCGAUUAAGCUUGAGGUGAAAACCACAAAUAGAGGAAAAAACUGGAUCAUCUGGAGUGGUAUCCCCAAGAGGCUAUUGGACCAGGGUGUAAUGGUGGUGCUUUAUAAGAACAAUGGAAGUGAGAGCAAGCUAGACAGUCCCUUGGUCGGGGGCAAAGCAUCUGGGAGUUAUAACACCUCAGCACCCCUUAACCCUGAUCUCCAGGUCAGGCUCCACAAGGAAGUAAUGAUCUUGUGGGUAUUUGCCAUUACUGGGGACGAGCUAUGUAGGCAUUCUGAGUUUCAUGAUGCCAACAGAGAGAUUCCUGUUGAUAUUAUCGGCUAUGAUGCCAGUCUGCAGCUCUUCGUAAAGGAUGGAAAGGCCUGCACUCGCCUGAUUGUAAAGAAAUCUGGGGGUGAAAAGGCACGCACUACACCCUGGGAGACUUGUCCAGGG